GUUUUUUUUGUUUUGGCAGACACCGUUAUCUGCACUUGGCUAGCCAUUUCUUUCUCCUGUUCAUCUGAAUCCUUUUUUAAGAGAGAGAAAAGGACUAGAGAAGAAAAUGAACGGGCAAGAUAUGGAAAGUAGUAGCAAUAUUGUUGCGCUGUUUGUUAUGAAAACAUACCAAAUGGUGAAUGAUCCCACAACAAACGAGCUAAUUACAUGGGGAAAGGAUAAUAACAGUUUUGUUGUUGUGGAGCCUUUGAGUUUUUCGCAGAGGAUUUUGCCUGCUUUCUUCAAGCACAAAAAUUUCUCAAGCUUUAUUCGUCAGCUCAAUACUUAUGGUUUUAAAAAGGUUGAUCCGGAUAGGUGGGAGUUUGCAAAUGAAUGGUUUCUACGAGGGCAAACUCAUUUGUUGAAGAACAUAGUGAGAAGGAAGCAUAGUAGUAAAACCUUUGGUUCCCAUCAAAAAUACGAAGAUGAGGAAGAUGAGGAGCUAUUGAUGGAGAUUUCAAAGUUAAAACAAGAACAGAAGGGUUUGGAACAAGAGCUCGAGAGCAUGAACAGAAGGCUUGAGGCCACGGAGAGGAGACCCCAACAAAUGAUGACUUUCCUUAACAAACUUGUUGAAGAUCCGGACAUCUUAACUCGCGUGAUGCUUGAAAAAGAGAAAACGAGAAGGUUGGCUUUAGGUAACAGCGGGAAGAAGAGAAGGCUUGUGAUAUCUUCAACGUCUUCAAAUUCUUCGUCGGGAAUGGCCGUAUCAAGUUCAUCAAUCAAGAGUGAAGAUGAUCAAGAAGUUACUCCCUCGAGGGAUAUAUCCACAAUUUCUUCACCAGAUGAGAAUUUGGAAGUCGAUACAUUUUAUCAAUGUUCGCCACUACUGGAGCUUGCUUUCCCGGAUUGGUUGAACAAAAGACAAGGCAUAGAUAUGCCUAUAAUUGAGCAAGACCCUUACAAUUUUGCCACCAUUCCUGGUUCUUCACUGUGUUCCUCCGACAAAAGUGGCGGUUUUGAGGUUGCGCCGCAACCAAUAAAUAGCAUAGCCAGGUAUAAUAAUGCUGGUGCUAUGAAUUCAGUUUAUUAUGAAGGACUUAUCGAUGGGGAGAAUUCUAAUCCACUACAGUAUCCAUUCUCACUGUUAGGUGGUGGAUUUUAGUCACUUUUGCAUGAUCUAUUGGGUAUUUUACCUUUUUAGAAAUUUUAGUUUUUUCUUUUCUUUUUUAUGAAAAAAAAAAUUAUUGUGUAUUAAUGUUGUGUAUACUAAUUUACAUUUUACAUUUGCACGUUGUAUGUAUUUGUCAUAUAGAUCUCGAGUAAUUUCAGUUAGCAUGGCAGUUAAAA